CCAAGCCCCAAAAGAAAUUCCCCUUAGCACAUCACUUUCAGCAUGAGCACUGGGGCUGGCAGAGCCCAUGGGAAGCUGGACUGCCUGGCAGGUGACACCCACCCAGCCGGGUAUAAAGAGCCACCGGCGAGGACGCCCCGCUGCACUCGCAUUCCCUAUCUUGUUGCUGUGCAGAGCUUUGCUUCGGGGGCUGGAUACCUGAUCCCUUCCACCAUGAGCUGCACCAUCAAGAGAACCUCCAGCACCUCGUACCGGAGUGGAGGAGGAGGAGGAGGAGGUGGCUGUGGAGGCAGCAGCGGCCGGAGCUCCUCCGUGUCGUGCCGGCGCUACGCCUCCUCCGUCAUCGGCGGGGGCAGCUACGGCGGGGCAGCCUGCGGGGGCUACGGGGGCGGCCUGAGCGCCGCCAGCCUGGCUGGGGGCUACGGGGGGGGCUUCUCCUCGGGGGGUUUCAUCUCAGGGGGGGACCUGCUGCUGGGCGGCAAUGAGAAGAUCACCAUGCAGAACCUCAACGACCGCCUGGCGGCUUACCUGGACAAGGUGCGAAGGCUGGAGGAGGAGAACGCCCAGCUGGAGCACCACAUCAGGGAGUGGUACAGGAAACAAGCUCCCAGCGUUUCCAAGGACUACAGCUCCUACUACCAGGCCAUUGAGCAGCUCCAGAAUCAGAUCAUUUCUGCCACUGUGGACAAUAACAAAAUGAUCCUGGACAUCGACAACAGCAAGAUGACUGCCGAUGACUUCCGAAUGAAGUAUGAGAAUGAGCUGGUCGUCCGUCAGACCGUGGAGGCUGACAUCAAUGGCUUGAGAAACAUCCUGGAUGAUCUCACUAGGACUCGGUCUUCCCUGGAAUCUGAGCUGGAGACCUUGAAGGACGAGCUGAUUGCCCUGAAGAGAAACCAUGAGGAGGAAAUGAGGCAGCUCCAGGCUCAGACCGGUGGUGAUGUGAGUGUGGAGGUCAACGCUGCCCCUGGAGAGGACUUGACAAAGAUCCUGAAUGACCUGAGAACUGAAUACGAGCAGAUCAUCGAGAAGAACCGCAGGGAGGUGGAGCAGUGGUAUGAAGUCAAGAUCGAAGAGGUCAACCGCCAGGUCACCUCCAGCAGCCAGGACAUGCAGACCAGCAGCCACCAGCUGACGGAGCUGCGGCGCGAGAUGCAGAACCUGGAGAUCGAGCUGCAGGCGCAGCUCAGCACGAAAAACUCUCUGGAAAACUCCCUGGCAGAAACGGAGACUCGCUACGGCUGCCUGCUGCAACAGAUCCAGGGGCAGAUCAACUCGGUGGAGGAGGAGCUGGCCAGCAUCCGCUGUGAGAUGGAGGGCCAGAGCCAGGAGUACAAGAUGCUCCUGGGCAUCAAGACCCGCCUGGAGCAGGAGAUCCAGCAGUACCGGGCGCUGCUGCAGGAGGGGCAGCAGGAUCUUGUAUCAUCUCAAGGAGGGGGAAUAUCCUCCCAUUCUUGUUCUUCUACUUCCUACUCUCAUGGUCAAUCCAGUGACAAGGCAGGGCAGUCCAGAGUGUGUUAAGAGAACACCAAGGUGUUGGGCUUCCCUGAUCCACUCCCUGCCAUCAGAGCAGCCCAGCCCACAACAAUUUCUAGGCUUCUCCUCAAAUGACCUCCUUCUGCCUUUUCAUGCUGCCCAUCACUGCAAUCACUGUGCCUACACACACAUUCCUGCAGUGAACUUGGUGCUCUGCUGCAUGGCAAUGCCUCCAAUAAAGCUUUACCUUUC